AUGUCCCAUCAAGGUAAGGUUGGAAUCAUAUAUAUAUAUAUAUCUAUAUGUAAGUGUUAUGUCACUAAAAAAAAGUUUAUAUCAUCCACUACUUUCGCACUUGAAGUGAGACUCAAGAUAAUCUGGCAUAUAUUUCAAACAAAGUACCCUAGAAUAAUGACGAAAAGAACAAUCGCUGAAGUCGAACUGGAGGACUCCACAAUAAAAAACGAAGACACUCAAGCAGAAACAAAAGUCCUUAAAGUUGAUGCCAAGAUUGAUCUUCCUUCCGAAAUACCUAAAGAAUUUGCUUUAAAGCAUAUUGAAGAAUUCAAUAAGGCUUGCCAAUAUAUAAUCAAAGUCGAUCCGACUUUACUUGAACCUUUAUUAAUUCAUGAAGCUCCAUUAUAUUUGUUAACUAGUGAAGCUGAUAAUACUUUACAAUCCUAUUUUGCAAGAUUGGCAAGUGUUAUAGUGGCACAACAAUUAAGUGGUCAUGCUGCCAAAAGUAUCAAGAAAAAAUUUAUUGAACAUUUUGAUAAUAAAUUCCCCACGUAUAAGGAUUUAUAUCAUGACUUAAAAGAUGAUGAUGAAAGGAAACAAAUAUUAGCGUGUGGGUUAAGUCAACGGAAAAUGACAUAUCUGGAUUCUUUGACUACUUAUUUUUAUGAGAAUGAAGAAAACAUAAGGAAGUUAUUUGACGGAAAGGAUAACGAUCAAGAAAUUAUUGAUGAAUUAGUGAAGAAUAUUAAAGGUAUUGGUCCCUGGUCAGCUAAAAUGUUUUUAAUUACAGGGUUAAGACGUUUUGAUGUAUUUGCUGCUGAGGAUCUAGGUAUAGCAAGAGGAUUUUCCAAAUAUCUGUCUGAUAAACCUGAGUUGGUAAAAUCGCUAAUAAGUACAAGAGGUGUUAUUAAGAAAAGUAAAAUAAAACACAAGAAAGUUAAUUGGAAAAUAUAUGACGAUGAUAUAAUGGAAAAGUGCGCAGAAAGAUUUGCGCCUUACAGAUCAGUAUUCAUGUUCAUAUUAUGGCGUAUGUCGAAUACACAUUUAGAUGCUGUUAUCAAAAAUGAAAAUGAUUUUGCCAGAGGCCAUCAAUAG